UGUUGGUAAUUUUAAUAGGUGCUUCUUGCUCACACGUGUCUUUUCACUACAGGCAAACGCAGGAUUUAAAUCUUGUGCGUACCUGAAGGUGCAGCUGACACACCACCCUCAGGAAAGCACAAGGUGCUUUUGGGUUCUAUAAUUGCAGGGGUAAUGUUUUCUCUCGUUAUGAUUACCUUUACUACAAUAGUAUCAGAUAAAAGGAGACACCACAAAAAUGAUGACGAUAAUGAUUUUAGUGAUCUAGCCGGAAUGCCUACGAGGCUCACUUUCAAAUUAUUGAAAGUGGCAACCCAGGACUUCAGCAACAAGCUCGGGCAAGGAGGAUUUGGCUCAGUUUAUGAGGGACAGUUAGACAAUGAAAGAGUUGCAGUUAAAUGCUUGGAUCGAGCUGGUCAAGGAAAGAAAGAUUUCUUGGCUGAAGUCCAAACAAUUGGUAGCCUUCAUCACAUCAAUCUGGUGAGGUUGAUUGGCUUUUGCUCAGAGAAAUCAUAUAGGUUGUUGGUAUUUGAAUACAUGCCCAGGGGAUCACUGGACAAGUGGAUCUAUCAGAGAGAUAAGUUUGUUCCUCUUGAGUGGCACACAAGACGCAAGAUCAUCACCGACAUUGCCAGGGGCUUAUCUUAUCUUCACGAGGAGUGUAGAAACAGGAUUGCUCAUCUAGAUAUCAAGCCGCAGAACAUCCUUCUAGAUGAAAAUUUCAAUGCCAAAAUUUCGGAUUUUGAACUGUCUAAACUGAUUGAUAGGGGUGAAAGUCAUGUGAUGACUCGAAUGAGAGGAACACCGGGGUACAUGGCACCUGAAUGGCUGACAUCACAAAUCACCGAGAAGGUUGAUGUUUACAGCUUCGGCAUUGUGGUAAUGGAAAUCAUCAGUGGAAGGAAGAACCUUGACUACUCCCAGCACGAAAGUAGUGUCCAACUCAUCAUAGUGCUACAAGAUAAGGCAAAGAAUGAUCUCCUGGAAGAUAUGAUUGACAGGAGCAGUGAUGACAUGAGUUUACACAAGGAAGACGUGAUUGAGACCAUAAAGCUUGCAAGGUGGUGUUUGCAGAGUGAUAAAAAUAGAAGGCCUGCAAUGUCAAUGGUUGUGAAGGAUAUGGAAGGAGAAAGGAGUGUGGAAUCGAACUUGGAUUACAACUUCUUCGAUCUAAGUCCUGCAGUCACUGUACAAGUUGGUGAGUCCAAGUUUUCAGAUCCACCUGUGGUAUCAGUCCUAUAUGCUCCUCGGUGAAAUUUUGCAAAGAAAAUUCUGCAUGCACAAACUAGUUUCCAUUUCUGUUAUCUUAAAAUGCAGCCUCUGUUUGGGGUUGGCGGUGAAAAAAUAUAAAAGGGUGCUACUUCUGUACCUUGUUGGUUUGUAAGUCGUUGAUCGUCAGGAUUGUGGUGGGAUAUAUUACAAGAAGUUGCAAAAUGCCAUCGACAUGUAGUUCAUGUAUUAUGUAAGUACAAUUAUUUUAUGUUAUGUAAUUUAUGUCAAUACCCAUAACGAAAGCGCCUGUAAAUACAGCCAUGGACCAUGGAACUGGUCCAAUCUAAAGCAAUCAUUAUACUCGCAAACUCAGGAGAGGGGCCGCAACAGCCGAGCCAGAGUUCCAGUUCAUAACCGACCAGCACGUAAUCCGCCUAUGAAUGCAUGUCACCAGCCUCUUCAAAUUCAUUCAGAUUUCACCGUUUCACCAGAUGAGCUUGAUUUACAGACUAGCAGCUUUCAUACGAGUCUGCAGAAAACAGCGUCUGGAGUUCGCAAGC